GGCGGAAGAGGGAAGUGAGCAGGUGAAAGCGAAUACACGUGGGGCGGUGUGUGACGUCAUCGGAGCGGAGGAGAAGUCUUUGCUUCCCCGUGCCACCAUGUCGACUCUCUACCUUCCUCUGUCUUCCGCCUCAGACCCGCGGUGCACCUGGGUGCGCGUCUCCGGACAGUUCUCUCCUCACCCUCGCCCCGAGGUGCAGGAAGUCACCUCGGGGCCACGGGGACUUCCCUUGCCGUGCCUUCUGUCUCCCUCCACCGGAUCUGUAUGGGGGGCUUGGGCUGUCUCCUACAUGCUGGCCCCCGAGUCGCUCUCCGGGGAUGGCGACCAUCGAAGCUUCGCUCUCAUCAAGCAAUGGGUAAACUAUGCCGAAUCCGACGUGCUGCCAGCUGCCUAUGGCAUCGACCAUAAAGCGACUAAAGACCGCGCUCAUGUUGAACUGCAGAGAAUCCUGGAGGUGCUGGACAGUCACUUGAGAGUGCGCACGUACCUAGUGGGGGAGCGGCUGAGCCUUGCCGACAUUGCAGUGACCUGUUGUCUCAUCUAUCCUUUCAACAAGAUCAUCUCUCCUUCCACCAGACGGACUUUCACCAACAUCACCCGCUGGUUCUUGACCUGUGUCCACCAACCACAGUUUAAGGAGAUUGUAGGAGAGGUGACACUAUUCAAUGGAGACCUCAGGAGCUCAGACCUUAGGAGCUCAAACCUCUAUGCCCCAACUGCACCAACCAGCGCUGCUGCUGUUGUCAAUGGUCCUCCAAAAACAGCUGCCCAGUUGAAGAAGGAGUCCAAGAAAAAAGAGAAGUUGGAGAAGUUCCAGCAGAAGCAAGAGAAGAUUAAAGUACAACAGAUAGAUAAGAAACCAAAGAUCGAAAAGAAAGAGAAGAAGGAACUUGGUGUGAUAGUCUAUGAUAUCCCAACUCCUGCUGGACAGAAGAAAGAUGUUUCUGGCACUAUGCCAGAUUCAUACAGUCCUCAGUAUGUGGAGGCAGCCUGGUAUCCAUGGUGGGAGAAGGAAGGGUUCUUUAAACCAGAAUAUGGAAGAACCAGCAUCUCGGAGCCCAAUCCUAAGGGUAUGUUCAUGAUGUGCAUUCCUCCACCAAAUGUAACAGGAUCUCUUCAUCUGGGCCAUGCUUUGACCAAUGCCAUUCAAGACAGCCUGACUCGCUGGCAUCGCAUGCGCGGUGAGCUGACCUUGUGGAAUCCAGGAUGUGACCAUGCUGGAAUUGCCACCCAGGUAGUUGUGGAGAAGAAGCUUUGGAGAGAGCAUGGAAAAACCCGUCAUGAUCUGGGUAGACAAACAUUUAUAGAUGAGGUGUGGAAAUGGAAGACUGAGAAAGGUGACAGAAUCUAUCACCAGCUAAGGAUCCUGGGUAGCUCACUGGAUUGGGAUAGAGCCUGUUUCACCAUGGAGCCGAAACUAUCACAUGCUGUACAGGAAGCCUUCAUUCGCCUUCACGAGGUCGGGGUAAUCUAUCGUAGCAAGAGGCUUGUCAACUGGUCAUGUACGCUGAACUCCGCUAUAUCAGAUAUAGAGGUGGAUAAGAAGGAACUGACUGGUAGUACAGUGCUGCCUGUGCCUGGGUACAAGGAGGGUGUGGAGUUUGGGGUGCUGGUUUCCUUUGCUUACAAAGUACAAAAUACAGGUGAGAGUGAAGAGGUUGUGGUGGCAACAACUCGAGUGGAGACCAUGCUGGGUGACACAGCGGUGGCUGUCCAUCCCCAGGAUCAACGUUAUCAGCAUCUGAAAGGAAAGAGUGUUGUCCAUCCGUUCGCAAACCGCCUUCUACCGAUUGUCUUUGAUGAGUUUGUGGAUAUGAGUUUUGGCACAGGAGCGGUGAAGAUCACUCCAGCCCAUGAUCAGACAGAUUACGAGGUGGGGCUGCGACACUCCUUGGAUUUUAUUAACAUCAUGGAUGAUAACGGUCUGCUGGUCAAUGUACCCCAGCCAUUCUUGGGUAUGAAACGCUUUGAGGCUAGAAAAGCAGUCUUAGAGUCUCUGAAACAAAAAGGACUAUUUAAGGAGAUAAAGGACAAUCCUAUGGUGGUCCCAGUAUGCAGUCGAUCCAAAGAUAUUGUGGAGCCCCUAUUAAAGCCUCAGUGGUAUGUACGCUGCGAUGAGAUGGGGAAGAGGGCAGCAGAUGUUGUGCGGGAUGGACACCUGUCAAUCAAGCCUGAAUUCCACACCAAGACAUGGUUCAGUUGGAUGGACAACAUCAGAGAUUGGUGUAUAUCACGGCAGCUGUGGUGGGGUCACCGAAUUCCAGCCUACUUUGUCACCAUCAAUGACCCUUCAGUACCAGUGGGAGAGGACACAGAUGGCAAGUACUGGAUCAGCGGUCGUUCAGAGGACGAGGCGAGACAAAAGGCAGCUAAACAGUUCAACGUGGCUCCUGAAAAAGUGUCACUUAAACAGGAUGAGGAUGUGCUUGACACGUGGUUUUCCUCUGGUAUCUUCCCGUUCUCCAUCUUUGGCUGGCCCACUGAGUCCGAGGAUCUGAACGUUUUCUACCCUGGUACGCUCCUGGAGACAGGCCAUGAUAUCUUAUUCUUCUGGGUGGCUCGAAUGGUGAUGCUUGGCCUCACACUGACUGGGAAAUUGCCAUUUAAAGAGGUGUACCUGCAUGCAAUAGUGCGUGAUGCUCAUGGGCGUAAAAUGAGCAAGUCCCUUGGAAAUGUCAUUGAUCCCCUUGAUGUGAUCAAAGGAAUAACCCUGGAGGGACUUCACACUCAGCUGGUGGAGAGUAACUUGGAUCCCAAUGAACUGGAGAGAGCCAAGGAAGGACAGAAAUUUGACUACCCCAGCGGGAUCCCUGAAUGUGGCACAGACGCCCUGAGAUUUGCCUUGUGCGCCUACACUAGUCAGGGACGUGACAUUAACCUGGAUGUCAACAGGAUUCUGGGUUACCGUCAUUUCUGCAACAAACUCUGGAAUGCAACAAAGUUUGCCAUGAGGGGUCUGGGAGAUAAAUUCACACCUUCAGACUCUUCACUGCCCACCGGUCAGGAAAGUUCGGUUGAUCUUUGGAUCCUGAGCCGUCUCAGUCUGGCGGUAGAUCUGUGCAACACAGGUUUCCAGAAUUACGACUUCCCGGGAAUUACUACAGCAGUCUACAACUUCUGGCUGUAUGAUCUCUGUGACGUCUACCUGGAGUGUUUGAAGCCCGUGUUCGCUGGCUCAGACGAAAUCGCCAUCGCCGUAGCACAGCAUACGCUUUACACUUGUCUGGACGCCGGUCUCCGCCUCCUCUCCCCCUUCAUGCCUUUCCUUACAGAGGAGCUUUACCAGCGCCUACCCCGAAGAUCCUCCGAGCAGUUCUCCAGCAUUUCCGUGGCUCCUUAUCCCGAGGCCACCGAGUUUCACUGGAGAGACGAAACAACUGAGAGGAAUAUGGACCUUGCAUUGCUCAUAGUGAAAUCCAUCCGGUCUCUGCGCGCAGAUUAUAAUCUCACCAAGACUAAAGCUGACUGUUUCGUGAAGUGUGAGGAUGCUGAUGCUAGGACUGUGGUUGCUGCUUAUACCCCGUACAUCACUGUCCUCUCCUCUACCCGCACUUUGGUGAUCAUGCAGCCUGCGGACCCGGCCCCAGAGGGCAGUGCUGUGAACACCGCAUCCGAUAAAGCCACCGUCUACCUUAUUCUCAAGGGUCUUAUUGAUGUGGAGAAAGAGCUAGCUAAGCUGCAAGUGAAGAAGGCUGAGCUGAGCCGACAGCUAGCGAAAAUGUGGGAACGGGUGACUGGAGCAGAUUACCGAAGCAAAGUUCCCACAGCAGUACAGCAACAAGAUGCCGACAAGAUGAAACAGUUUGAGACUGAGCACCAGAAGGUGGAAGAAGCGCUGAGUAGUUUUCAGAAGAUGGUCUAGUAUUUUAUUUAUUUUCCACUUGCUCAGGAUUGCAACAAGAGCCCAUAUGCUGCUCCCAAAAGUCCCUUUUUUAACAAAAUAAGAAAAACGUCUAGAAAGACCCAAUGUAUGUGAAUGAUGUAUCAUACAACAAUGUAAUAAAAACUAUAGAAUCCUGU